AUAAAAACAUGUUGUCGUUGGAUUAUGACACAUCACCAUUAUGCAAGCUGUAGAGUUGACGGCCAGUCUCGUUUUGAGAGCAAAGCGCGUUGCCCGUGCAAUCGUGUGCCUGUGAUUACGUUAUCAGUUUAUUAACACAUUUGUUUAGCCAAACAACUAUGCACAAUAACAAAUGAAAGUACCAGGAUGACAGAAAAGACAGGCGUACGUUUUGAAGAGGCGGAGAAGAAGAAGGGUGUUAUUCUUACAUCAAUAGCAGUGUCAUGUGCAGCAUUAGGAUGGUUAACGCGCGGGUCCCCGACUGUAAUGGGCGCUGUGGCCCUACUGGGCACAUACUUCUUGACCGGAGAUAGAUACCAAUGGAUCUACAUUUGGAAGCAGACACAUUAUAGGGAUUUUCUAGGUCUGCGAGUACUUCUGUACACAAUAUUCAGGAUAUGGAUGUGGGAGCGUCAAGGCAAGACGGUGGUGACGAGGUGGGCCGACGUGGCUCGUAUGAGCCCGAACAAAAAGGCCUUUGUCAUGGACAAUAGGGCUCUCACAUUCCGCGAGGGUGAUGAAUUCAGCAACCGAAUGUCCUGGUACUUUAAACGCGCAGGAUACAAGCCUGGUGAGGUGAUCGCCCUGUUGAUGGAGACGCAGCCGGAGUAUGUGUUCCUAUGGCUCGGCCUGGCCAAAAUCAGGGUGACAACUGCGCUGAUCAACACCAACUUGAAGGGCAGUCAGCUGAUACACUGCCUCAGGAUAGCUGGCUGCAAAGCUGUUAUAUUUGGUGAUGAAAUGUCUGAAUCUGUAAAAGAGAUCCAGUCAGAGAUCCCAGACAUUCCACUCUUCCAAUACAACUCACCGGAUAGGGAGAACGCCCCAUUCGUCCAGGGAGUCACACACUUGUCCACUGAGCUGAAGGAAAUGUCCACAGAGCCUGUUAUUGAGAAAGAGAAGGCAAAGCCAAGAGACACGCUCUUGUAUAUCUAUACUAGUGGGACCACUGGAUUCCCUAAGGCAGCUAUUAUUACUAAUAUUAGGUACCUAUUAAUACCACUAGGAGUGCAGAGCUCCGCGCAGCUUACUCCUUCCGACGUGAUAUACGACCCACUACCUCUUCACCAUACAGCGGGCGGUGUACUAGGCGCAGGACUCUCUAUAGUUUCAGGGUGUACAGUUGUGCUAAGGAAGAAGUUCUCCGCUUCCAAUUACUGGAGCGAUGCUGCUAAAUAUGGAUGCACUGCAACCCAAUAUAUUGGUGAGAUCUGCCGCUACCUUCUCGCUGUGCCCCCUGGUCCUAACGACCGCGCUCACAAAGUCAACGUUAUCUUCGGUAAUGGACUAAGGCCGCAGAUAUGGGAAGAGUUUGUUAAAAGGUUCGGCAUCAAAAGGGUCAUGGAGUUCUAUGGAGCUACUGAGGGAAACAGCAAUCUCGUAAAUCUGGACUCGAAAGUGGGAGCUAUUGGUUUUUUGAGCAGGAUAUUCUCAACUAUUUACCCGCUUACUUUAGUCAAAUGUGAUGAGAUUACUGGUGAAAUCUUACGGGACAGUAACGGCAGAUGUAUUACAUGCGGUCCUCAUGAACCAGGUCUUCUGUUAGGUAAAAUUGAUGCGAAGAAAGCUAUCCUCACAUUUGCGGGGUAUGCUGACAAAACUGCUUCAGAAAAGAAGAUGGUACGCAAUGUGAGGAGUGAAGGUGAUUGCUACUUCAACACUGGUGAUGUUCUAGUAAUGGAUCACUACGGGUACUUCUACUUCAAGGAUAGGACUGGGGACACGUUCAGGUGGCGUGGUGAAAAUGUAUCAACAGCUGAAGUAGAAGGAGUUAUCAGUUCACUGGUUGGACUGAAAGAUGCUGUAGUUUAUGGAGUCAAGGUUCCGAACACUGAAGGAAAAGCAGGAAUGGCAGCUAUCGCUGAUCCAGAGAGGACUUUGGACCUGGCCGCACUAGCCAAAGGCCUUCGUUCAUCACUCCCAGUAUUCGCAAGACCUCUCUUCGUCAGGAUCCUGCCAGAAUCACCUCUCACUGCCACAUUUAAGCUCAAGAAGAAAGAGCUAAUGGAACAAGGUUUUGAUGUAGAAAUUAUAAGCGAUCCAAUAUAUUUUAUGGAUCAAAAGACAGGAGAAUAUGUUCCUUUAACCCAGAAACUGUUUGAUGAUAUCAUGCAGGGUUUAGUCAGACUGUGAUUUUGAAUGCCAAAUGUUGGAAGGUGUUUAGGUAAUGUUGGAUUGCCAUCAGAUGGAUGCAGGAACCGCACGCAAUAGGGGGUAUUGUAUUUGAAUCGCCAGAUGACGCUAGGCCUCUCGUUCUUUGUCCAAUAGAGAAUUAACUAGUGUCACACCAUUGGAUGUUUCAAUGUUUGACAGCUGCAGUGAUUGGACCAAAAGCCUUUUUUAUAUUUGCGCCAUCUAGUGAACAAAAAAAGAACCCUGUAGCCCCCAUUUGUUGCUACAUUUUGUCCGUCUGAUGGCACUCUUCUAUAUUUUAAGAAUUAGUGUGUCUGUAUAUUGGUUUUGUAAGUUAUGUUAUGAGCAGACUGUUUUACUAAUUACUAAUUUCUCCUAUAAACAAAAUCAUUAUUGUAUAAAUUAUGUUCUUGACAUUAUUAUAAAAUAUGUUAUUUUAACUAUGUAAAUUAUACUGAUUAGUUCUUAACAUCGAAUAACACGGGGUUCGCUACGGAUAUGGUUAAUUUAUGAAAUUGGGAUCAGCAGAGGAAGUUGUAAAUAGGGAUAACCACUAACCAGGGCAUCAUAAAUUGGAAUUAAUAUUUAUGGGAGCAUGAAUCCUGUUUCUAUCAGUCAAUAAGUUUAUUUUUUGUGAUUCAUGUUUUAUUGGUGAUAACGGCUGUGUAAAAAUGUGUUUGAGGUACUAGGAUAUCAUAGGCGAUGAGUACUACCUAUGAAUUUUAGUAGAAAGAAAAAUGUAUGCAUUAUUUUUUAAUGGUACCUAUUAUAUGUAAGAAAAUAAAAACAUAGAAAUAAUUUUAUAACAAAAUCAUUUGAGGCAAAGUAAAACAUAUCAAUAUUAUAUUUUAUAGAAUUUACAAUGAAUUUUGAACUAAAAUAUUGUGGUAAUUAGGGAGAUUUUUGUCUAACGGAGAAUCUCAAUGUAAGCACUAGGUAAUUUACAUGCAUUUGUAAAGAUAAUAAUGGAAAUUAAAAUGUUUAUAUCUAAUAAAAA